GCAGAAAGCCACAAGGCGCUGUCAAAAGUUCACGAGUCGAUUUUGUAUCGCUUCCCCUGUGUGUGAGUCGUGAGCAUAUCUCACUCGCGCGUUCUUCUCCCAACUUAGGAGCGGCUGUCCCGGGUUUUUACAACCGCUCCCCGCGUGUACGUGUGUGGGAGAGACUCGCACAAUUUUUAUGUUAAUAUUUUAAUAUUACUACACAAUAUAAUACGAAUCAAUUAUUUCAAAAAUAAUACGUCCGGAAUCAUCGAACGUUUUUCGAGCCGGCUCGAAAUCUAUUCCCGUGUCGAUCGUUCUCCGAUGUACAUAAACAUGAAACAGUAGAGAGUGACGAAUCGAGGACUUUUAUUUAUUAUUUUUCCAUUGAAAAAAUAAGGAUUGCUGAAAAUUUGUCUCUCAUUGAAAAGUGUUGUUUUAUUUCAUCCUUGACGCGAUCCUGAAUUUAUAUCGUCGCAUAUAAAAAUUCCUCCUGCGUUUGUGGGGGAAAAAAAAAGAGAAGAAAAACGUCGAGAUUGCGCGCGCGACUCGACUGCUCUCUGGCGCGCGUUACUCUAAUAUCCCCUUAGCCCUGGGAGGACACACUGUGUUACUUCCUCUGUGUCCUUUUUAUUUCUGUCAACGUUAUACUCCCUUAUAUACCUGCGACACGGCUCUAUAGCUUUUAUAUUUACAAAUACAUAUAUAUAUAUCUAUAUUAUAUCACAUAUAAUAUUUGUAUAUAUAUAUAAUACAUAUACGAAACACAUCAAUAUACUUGUGGCGUUAACAGAAUUUCGGGGCUGUACCGGGACACGAGAGUAGCUUCUCCUGCGUAUUAUCGAUCAAAUAUAUAGACAGCAAUUCCCGUGAAAAGAGCGUGCCCUUCGCGCAAAAAAAAUAGGUGCAGAAAGUGCCGUGAAGUGAUUAUUGAAAUCUUCAAGUGGCAGUGACGAAAAACUUUGUGUGUACAUCAGUUAUCCGCCGAUCGUUGUCUCGCCACUAGCAUGAAAAAAUCGUGAAUUUUACACGUUUCUUGUAUUGUCCUUUCGGUGGUGAUUAUUCAAUUCGGUGAACAACAUUUUCGACGUGCAUGUCGAUCCACGAAAGCAACGACGAUUUUCCCGAUACCUAGCACAGCCGAUCGGCGAUACGGGAGGCUCCGAAUUUUUUUGAAAAUAUUCGAGUUCGUAAAGGGUUGAGGUCGGAAGGGUGGCGGCGUCGUUCGGUGGUCCGAGGAGGGCGCGGUGUACGAGGAGGCAGGGAGAGCUAACGCGGGGUGCGCUGUGUGCGAGUGUGGGCGUGUGUCGAGAGUGUUGACGGACGGCGCGGCGGGGAAGGGGGGUGGCAUUGUUGUUGGGAGUGUAAACGGAGAGGAUCGGAGUCGUCGAGUGAUUCGCGAGUGGAGUAAAGAGGCUGAGGGAGUCCAAAUACGUAAAUAAAUAAGAAGAAACGUGUGCAUUGUUUCGUGGUGUUCGUCAGUGCGGGGGAGAGUCGAAGAAUCGGCGUGGAAGUAAAAAAACAUCGUCGAGGUGAAUAAUCGAAUAAAAUUCUCGGGGGAGUGAACGUUUUUCGUAUUUUUCGCCUGGUUUUUUUGGAGUUUCGUUCGCGAAGCUUACUUCUUACGGAGAGCAGAGUGGCGGGUGGCUUCAGUGCCCUCCCGCGAUUCGGCCUGAUAAAUAAAAGAGGCGGGGGUGGCGUUUGUGAAGGCAACGUGUAGCAAGAUGGGCUGUGCCAUGUCUGCGGAAGAGCGGGCCGCUCUGGCCCGCAGCAAACAGAUUGAGAAAAAUCUCAAGGAGGAUGGCAUCCAAGCGGCGAAGGACAUCAAGCUCUUGCUGCUUGGUGCUGGAGAAUCCGGGAAAAGUACCAUUGUGAAACAAAUGAAAAUUAUUCACGAGAGUGGAUUCACGCCGGAAGACUUCAAGCAGUAUAGGCCCGUCGUUUAUAGCAAUACGAUACAAUCUCUAGUCGCCAUACUGAGAGCAAUGCCAAAUUUGAGUAUCAGCUAUUCGUCGAACGAGAGAGAGACGGACGCGAAAAUGGUUUUCGACGUGAUCCAGCGAAUGGAGGAUACGGAAUCGUUCAGCGAAGAGCUUGUCGCCGCGAUGAAGAGGCUGUGGGCUGACAGCGGCGUUCAACAAUGUUUCGGCAGGAGUAACGAGUACCAAUUAAACGAUUCGGCAAAAUAUUUCCUCGACGAUCUUGACCGAUUAGGAGCGAGGGAUUACCAACCAACGGAACAAGACAUCCUGAGAACUCGAGUAAAAACGACUGGAAUCGUAGAAGUUCACUUCUCAUUUAAAAAUCUUAAUUUCAAAUUGUUCGAUGUUGGUGGCCAAAGGAGCGAGCGUAAAAAAUGGAUACAUUGCUUCGAAGACGUAACGGCGAUCAUUUUCUGCGUUGCCAUGUCCGAGUACGAUCAGGUUCUUCACGAGGAUGAGACCACGAAUCGUAUGCAAGAGAGUUUGAAACUAUUCGACUCUAUUUGCAACAACAAAUGGUUCACCGAUACCUCCAUCAUUCUUUUCCUCAAUAAGAAGGAUCUGUUUGAAGAAAAAAUUCGCAAAUCACCCCUCACUAUUUGCUUCCCCGAAUACGGCGGCAAUCAGGAGUACAAUCCAGCCGCGUCGUAUAUCCAGGCGCAAUUCGAGGCGAAGAACAAAUCGGCCUCAAAGGAGAUUUACUGCCACAUGACCUGCGCAACCGACACGAACAACAUACAAUUCGUUUUCGACGCCGUAACAGACGUUAUUAUAGCCAACAAUCUUCGCGGUUGCGGUCUCUACUGAGAAUAUUAUUUCGAAGACUAUUAUUAUCAUUAUUAUUAUGAUUAUAAUUACGUCGUAUUAAUAUGAGUUUGAAAGAAGGAAGAAAAAGCACAGCGUUGAAGGAACGGAUGAAAAAUAGGGUGAAAAAGGGCGGGGUGGGGGGGGGGGGGGGCAUAAAUUUUGCUGCACCGGAGGUCUUUGUCAUCGACGAGUUUCCUUUCGAAACUCUUCUUUUUCUCCGGCCUCGUUCAAGGCGAAUUACAAAAAUAAGAAACAAACCAUCGAGAACGAAAAAAAGCACGGCGCAAUAAACGCCAAUCCAAUUAUCGAGAAAAAUGAAAAAGACUACUCCGCGGUCUCAAAAAAAAUGGUUCAUUCGUUGCCGAGUUCACACACCGAUCUUCUUCAAUUUCUAUUAUUUUUUUUUUCUAUUGCCUCGCAUCCUAAUGAGAAUGAAAAAGAUCCUCUCGAACUUUAUAUUUCAUACUGCGUGGGAGAAAUUAUGGUUCGAAUCCAAAGAUGCAUUUUCGUGAUUAUUAUAAUAACAAAUCGAUAUAUAUAUAUAUAUAUACAUAUAUAUAUACUAGGUAUAUAGGUUUUUCGAUGGUAAGCGACAAAAGUCAAAAGAGCACAAGCGUUGUUACGACGAAAAUUAAAUUAUUCCAUGUCGGAGUUGGGCAUUUUUCGAAUGAAAAAACAAUAAUUUACAUAUUUCUUCAAUUAUUUCUUAAUUUUUGUUUUUCCAUUAAGAACAAAAGAAAAAAAAGAAACGAAUAUGAUGAUAGUGUAAACGCAUUGGAAAGUUUGGUAGAGAAUUUCUUUCUUCUUCUCAUGAUUAUUUAUUAACGUUAUCACCACUUUUUACAUUGAAACCAUCGAUUUUUUCUUUUUCUUCGAAUCACGCCCAUUCCCGUUUACAAAAAAUGGAUUCAAUCGGGAGCCUUCGAUCGAAAACAUUUUUAAUCAAUCUUUUUUACAUUGUACGAGAAUUUUUUAAUCGAUAUUGCUUUUUUGUUAUUUGUCGAAACUUCACAAUCGUUCUUUAUAAACGCACACACGCAUGGCUACGGCGCUCUCCUAAUGUAACGUGGCUGAUUUCUUACGUGGACUUAUUUCGUCGCGUAAAGUUUGAAAUUGAAAAGAAAAGGAAACAAAAUUAGUGAGAACCAAAAAAUCAUUCAAACGCGACAAAAUACAUUCACACUCAUGCGCGCGCACACACACACGAUGAGGAAUAUUCGUUGGUAACGAGGCGCGUCCACUACUCCACGAACGUGAAAUAUCAUAAAAAUACGUAUUUUUCUACAUUUUUCAUUUCUUUCAGUCGCUCAUUCUAAUUUUUCUACGUCCAUAAUACUAUUCUUUGCUUUUUUUUUCUCCGAGUCAAUUCGAACCGAUUUUUUACGCAUUUUUUUCUUCGGGGAAAAUUUAUUUUGUCAUAAUUCCGGUACUUUGUGAUUUGACAUGAGAAGUUGAAGAAAUCUUGACAUUUUCGAAAUUCCAGAAUCUACGAUUUUUUAUGAUAAUGACGGCGAAAAAUUUUGUUCCAAUGAAACGCUCUUGACUAGGGCUCGAACACAAGUAUCGAGGACUCGUAGUGCUCGACGAUAUUUGCUGUUCAGUUUUCAUUACACGUCGUGUGUACUCAGCGAAAUGAAAUACGAGCACAGGGCUCUUAAAGUCUUUUUUAUUGUUUAAAUUGAGCUCUCUUUUUCAAAUUGUGUUUUUAUCUGUCGGCUUGAUGUUUGUUUCCGUUUCUCUUUCAUUUCUCCUUCCGCGCUUAGCUUGAUUAAGCUUUUCAGACUCCGGGCUGAAACUUAUUUCCAAAAUUAAGUCUGCAAACCACAUUUCUCAUUUAGUUGAUAGUUGAGAAGUCUUGAAUUCCUUACUCCUUUUCUGUCAAUAAUUUCGCAUGAAAAAAUGGGGACGCGCAUGUGCCGAAUUUUGUGUGAAUACACUCUCGUGUACUUCGAAUGAGCCUCAUUCUUAAUCACAUAUUUUUUUAUGAAAGCGAAUCGUUCUUUUGAAAGAAUUUGUACUGGUUUCAGUAUCCUCGCGGUUAUCAGAAGCUGUUGGAGGAAAAUUUUUUGUGUCAAAUCGGAAGAAUGGAAAUUCUUGCUGGAAUGAAAGAUUUUUCACUGUGAACAAAUGUGUGAAACUUCUACGAUAAUUCGAAAUGUGGAAUAAAACGAUAAAAAAAGCAAAGAGGUUACGUCGACGAAGGAAACAAUUAUCGCGCACAACCGCAUUUUUAAUAUUUGAUUCUCGCUUUCUCUCUCUCUUUAAAUAGUAAAAACAUCAUUUUUUCAUUUGCUUGUCGAGACCCAAUCGUGAAAAAACCACUGACGAACACUCGAGGAAAUUUUCGAAUACGAAAAUAGGGAAAAGAUUUUAGAAACAAAAGCCAAAAACGUUCUCAAUCGCCGAGGGCGAUGAAUAAAAAAAUGAUAAAUAAACAGGAACACAAUUAAAAAUAAUAAGACACCGUAUAAAUCGAUCGUUGACCAUUCGAUCGAGGCCUUUCCACCAAAAGUCGAUGUGGCGACGCAACAAAUCGAUAAAUCGUAUAAAAAUUCUUAUUUACUCGACCAUCGAAACGGGACAUUAUGAGGAUUUUUUCAAGUGCUAGAAACAGCGAAAUGUUACGAGCCUGAAAAACACGAGAAAGGAUUACUGACACGGAGACUAAGGAAGAGGGAGGAGAGAGCGAGAAAGAAAGAAAUUCAGGAAACGAAAAAAAAACAAACAAACAAAAAGAAAAAUAAAAAGAAACAAGAAACUACAAAAAAUAACGUGUCGAUUGAGAAAACUCGAUAAAAGUGAAACGAAAAAAUCAUUGAUAGAUCGAAGUAAGAGUAUAUUUGUAAGAGUCUACCGAAAAUCACCGCGUUAUUCUUAUGAAAAAGGGAAGAAAAGAGGAAAAAUGAAAAAUAACAAAUUAAAUGUAAACAAAAAUCUAAAAAAAAAUGAGAGUAUAAGUGAUAUGUUUCUGUGUGUAUAUUUGGCGAGCAUUGUUCAAGUAUAUAUGUGUACAAUGUUGUGAGAUUAAGCGCGUGACGAACAGGAAGGCGUAGAUACGAAAAGCUUCGAUUAUAAAAGCAAAACGAGGAACAAAGAAUAUUAAAUAAAAAAAAAAAUAAAAAAAAAAAAAAAAAACUAAAGUGUGCCAGGAUCGUUUGCUGAAACAAUCUCGCUAUCGAUUUAUCAGAUAAAAUGUAGACAAACAAGAAAACAAUGGUGAGAGUGAAGCUGAUUUCGAACGUUCAAAUUAAAUAAAUAGCUUGUUGCCUAACGCUUUUAGUCGAAAACCAUUCGAUUACGUUUGCCUUGGAAAUUUUUGGCUCUUUCAUCGUUGCUCGUUUCCCUGCGCGCCUCUCGAUUUGUCAAAAUCUUUCAAAGUCUCUAUGAAUUGAGAAUGAAAGAAAAACAAACGAAAAACAGAACAAUUGUAAAAACGACCAUAUAAGCACGUGGAUACGCUUUUUCAUAAACCUUUUUUUCAAACGAGAUUCCCGAUGAACUUGUGAUCGUAACGCCAUAUUAAUUAAUGUUUAAGCUCCAUGCCAGUAUCGUGUACAAUUACAUUCUAUUACUUUUCUUUCCCAAAGUCAGUUCAAUCACGUACAUGAGAUUUCUAACCUUGAAUCUCUACACUUCACUCUCUCGUUUCACUUUUUUCUUCGUUUUUCGUUUCUAUUGCCCACUUAUGAUAAUUGAGUGGAAGAAAACGCGAAGAGAGUGGGGAGAGAGGAGAGAGAGAGAGAGAGAGAGAGAAAGGGGAAAAACGAAACGAACAAUAUCUCUAGUAUUAUUAAUUUUACUCUUACUUUUAAUGCGUCAUCGAGGUUGCCAUAUUGUUCAACAGAAUAGUUAAUAAUUUAACGCAGAAAGACCGGAGUGGGUCAUCAAAUAUUUUAUUACUAUUACUACUUCAUUAUUAUUCUAUGUAAGUCGAACAUAUUUGUGUUUCUAGUCACAUAGCCCAAGCGGAAGCAUAAAUGCGCAUUGAAAAAUAAAUCUUACACGCACACUCGAAGAAGUCAGCACGAAUUUUGUACACAUCAUUCGAUUCGAUUGAUUUUUUUCUUCUUUAUAUUUCCUCACUUUAAAACGUCGCUAUUUUUAUUUUUAAUCCUGACGAUUCGCGCUGUUAUUUUAUCUAUUCAUUUUGAUGGAGAAGACGAAAGCUAACGUUUCGCGUAUGUAAAGUAUAUUGUGGCUGGUUCGCCAAGUCGAAGAGAUUUUUAAUGAAAGGCGAGAACUGGAGUCGAGCUCUGAAUGCGAAAAAGUAUUGUGCGCGAGAGAGGUGGCAAAAUUCCAUGUUUCAUUGACUUUUCUUAUUAAGGAGAUUAUAGUUUUUUAAAUAUCAUUCAUACAAGGCUGAGCUUUAAUCGGGCAGCUGCGAUAGUUUCGUUUUUUUUUCUUUCAAUUUUAAGCGUCAGUUCCCGAACUUGUUUGGUCAUUUUUUUUCGUUACCUGAGACACACCACCAAAGGGAACAAAAACUGCGUCAACGUAGUGCAUAUAUAUAUAUAACCGGAAUAUAACGUGAUUGUAAAUUUUAUCGCGGAUAUUAACAGAUUUCGAAAAUGUUAAAGUGCGAAUUUUUAAGAACCCCAAAUACUUGAGUUCUCACGGAUUUUUUCGAUGAGUUACACUGCUUAAAUUUGUCCCAAUUAUUUGAGUCUUGACGUAUCUGUUAAUUCGUGUGAUCAUUUCGAAGAGUCUAUUCGUCGAGCAUUUGUCUUUGAAAAAUUGUGUAGAAUUUUCAUAUUUUUUAAAUCCAAUUAUCAAGUCCUCGAAUCUUGCCAAUCGCGUAUCGAAAAUGAGUGUGUGCCAUUCUGCCCCAACCGUGUGAACACCCUCGAUUCUUCUGAUUUCCGGAGUAAAGAGAAAACUUCUUUUUUUUUUUUCCGUUUCGAGGCAUCGGGAAUCGUUGAUCCAGGAGUGAUGUUGAUGCGAGGGGGUUGAAUUUGGGGCUUUAUAGAAAUAAAAUAACAAUCGCACGGAGAGAAGCUUCAAGGUCAAAGAAUUUUGCCACCUUUUCGGGUCGUGAACUCUCCGAAAAAAAUAAUUGAAAAUAAAAAAUUAAAAGAAAAAAAGAAAACACAUAAAUUAAAACAAAGACUUUAACGUGUCGCGACGCGGUGUGCGCAUGUGUGUACGAGUGUGUGUACGUGUGCCUGUAUGCGUGGGUGCGUAUGCGGGUGUGUACGUGUGUGUGCGUGGGUGUUCACAAGAAAUCGGAUUGACAGUUCAACCGAACAAUAUUCGCUAUUACACGGCGUCGUAUCGUACUUUCUAUCAUUAUGAAUGAAUUUAAAACAAAAAUCAUUAACUAAAGAAACAAGAAAAAAAUUAAUUAUAGUGUUAUAUCGUAAUUAUAAUAAUUAAUGGUAAUAUAAUGAUUAUAAUAUUGAUAAUGAUCGAAGGGAGAUAAAAAAGAAGGAAACAAUGAAGGAGAAGCAACAACAACAACAACAACAACAAAAAUAACAAUGAAGUUUUAUUGACGAUUAACUGAACAAGAGCGCACGUAUUUCAUGUUUCAUUUCUAGUUCGACGAUUAAUUCAGUUGGGUCGUGAUGGAGUGAUGGGGAUCUGUAAGAUUUUGGAAUGAAGAUAACAAAAAGUAAACAUACGAACGAAAAAGGAAAAAAAAAAUAAAAAUGAAAUAAGGAACAAAAAACGUUAAACACAAGUCGAAACCUUACAAACUACCACUAAGAGAAAAUAUCUCAUUAUAUAAAAUUAUUAUGUAAUAAUUGUCCAUACAUCCUAAAAUGUCGAAAAAUAAACUAAUAUUAAACAUU